AUGGGUAGAGGUAAAAUAGAGCUGAAGAGGAUUGAAAACAACACAAGCAGGCAAGUCACCUUCUCCAAGCGAAGAUCUGGGCUGCUCAAGAAAACCCAUGAACUUUCAGUGCUUUGUGAUGCUCAGAUCGGCCUCAUCAUCUUUUCAAACAAAGGAAAGCUGUUUGAGUACUGCUCUAACCCCCUGAGUAUGGACCAAAUCAUAGAAAGGUACUUGAAGACUAAAGGAACAUCCAUUCCAGACCACGAAGACCUUGCAAAAUCACACAAUGAAAGGGUUUUUGGUGAGCUGAAAAGGAUGAAAAGUGAGACCCUUAAUCUUCAGUUAAGCCUCCAGCGCUACAAAGGUGAUGACUUGAGUUCUGCUCACUAUGAUGAGCUCAAUCAACUCGAGCAGCAGCUUGAACUCUCCGUGACCAAAGUCCGAGCAAGAAAGUUUGAACUCUUAGAUCAGCAACUGGAAAAUCUGAAGCGAACGGAAAAGCUUCUGGAGAAAGAAAACCAAGAAAUGUGCACUUGGUUGAUGAGUAAUUACUAUCAGAAGCAACGUGUGGAACUAGAGCAUAGCCAUCAACAGGCAAUGACUGAAUUGAAGCUAGUAGGACAGCAUGCUAUACUGGAUCAAUUCCCAUUUUCUGGAGAAGAGCAGCCAAGUGAAGUGCUUCAACUUGCUAACCUACCUCUAAACAUUCACCAAUAUCGCCUCCAGCCUAUUCAGCCUAAUCUCCAGGGUUAUGGUCAACCAGGCUGCAGCUAUGGUACCCAUCGCCGCCAUCAUCCAUAUACAAAAGUUCAUGUUUUAACUUAA